AAGACACGAGCUAGAGAAUGGUGAACGAGAUUCAGGGGAGUGAUGCAAAUGACAAAAAAUUUAUUGCGAGUUGAAAAUAAAUGAAACUGUAGCUAUAACAUUUAGUUUAAAUUAAUAAUUUGCUAUAAUGCACGAUUUCACCUUAAUUGUCUUCAAUAUACCUAUUAAUUAUGUUUUACAUCGUGAUUAAUAGGUGCUCCAGCAUUCACAAAACUCUAUGUAGAUCCGCCCCCUCCCAUCUAACCUAACACAUGCCAAUUUGAGAUUUCUUUUUCUAUUUCACAUAUAUAAGAACAUGCAUGCAUGUCAAUAUUGAGCAAUAAAAACUAAAGAAAAGAAAGACAAUUAAGCAUAAUAUUAAUUAGCAUUAGCCUAAAUGACAACAUCUUUUCCUAUGAAUACUGGUGAUGGUCUUUAUAGCUACUCCAAAAACUCCAAUUUGCAGAAAGAAAUAAUAGAUGGUACAAAGGAGAUGGUGAGGGAUGCAAUUAUUCGAAAUCUUGACAUCAAAAACAUUUUAUCUUCUUCAAACACAUUUAAUAUUAUAGAUUUGGGAUGUUCAAUUGGACCAAACACAUUCAACUCAAUGCAACAUAUUGUACAAGUUGUAAAGGAAAAGUACCAUGAUAACAAUCUUGAAUUCCAAGUAUUUUUCAAUGAUCAUGUCAACAAUGAUUUCAACACCCUCUUUCGAUCACUCCCUAUUGAUCGAUCUUACUAUGCAUGUGGAGUUCCAGGAUCUUUUCAUGGUAGAUUAUUUCCAUCACGAUCCAUACAUUUUGCACAUUCUUCUUGUUCUAUACAUUGGUUAUCUAAGGUUCCAAAAGAAUUGUUAGAUGAAAAAACCCUAGCAUGGAAUAAGGGAUUGAUUCACUAUGUUGGUGCAUCAAAUGUUGUAGUGAAUGCUUAUGUUGCUCAAUUUGAAAAGGACAUGGAAAUGUUCUUUAAUGCAAGAGCUGAGGAGAUUGUCCAAGGAGGAAUGAUGGUGAUUAUUUCACCAUUUACAUGUUAUACACGUCUCAUGGGAUUUUUCGGUUCUAGUCUUAUGGAUUUGGUGAAUGAGGGAAAACUAGAUGAAUCUCUAGUUGAUUCAUUCAAUUUGCCAAUGUAUUUUCCUUCUCCUCAAGACAUGACUAAAGUUGUAGAGAAAAAUGGUUGUUUUAGCAUUGAGAAAAUGGAGUUGAGAUAUACCAAAUCAAAGAUCUUAGAUGAAGUUGAUGCAAAGACUUUAAUGUUAACCGUAAGAGCUUGUUUAGAAGGAGUUCUAAUCAAUUAUUUUGGAAGUAAAAUAGCAAAUGAAGCUUGUGAUAGAACAAUUCUCAAAAGUGAAGAUAUUUCAGCAUGGAUGAAAGUUAAUUAUGAAAAACCAAGUACAUUAUUUGUCGUUUUAAAGCGUAAAUAAAUUUCUACCAAUAAAUUUAUGUAUUAAAUAAUUUAGGUCUAUGAAUAUGAGAGACAUCUCAUUGGCCAAAUAUUGUCUUUUCCCUAAUGUUUUGGUAUUAUUCCUCGUUUGUUUCAUUUUAUGUGAUCUCUACGAAGAAAUUUAUGAAGUUAUUUUUUUCUUAA